AUGGGAUUCUUUGAAAGCCAGUUUUUCUACGCAUUUACAUUGGCACUUUUGAUUAAGCGGUCAGGUGUUUGUCAUUGCAAUCGACGAUGUUACUUAUUACUGUAGCACUCACUCAACUUCCACCGGCGAGUGGUUGGUAACGGCGUACCGACGCGUCACCUUGUCGCCCACCAGUACCGGUUUCAGAUAGAUCUCACCGUUGUUGGCCGGCUCCAGGUCCAGGCGACCUGUUCGCAGACAAAUCGGCAGGGUCUGUACACAAAUCGAGCACAAGGUUGUUCAAAUAAAUAUAGUCUUAAUGGCUAUUUCAUUGCUUCCGGUUAUGCUUUCCACGGGAAGAAUGAAGCUCCGCAAGACCUCUUGAGAGGUAUCUAUAUUCUCUCUAGAGGACGCCCGAACAGCGGAGUCGCACAACGGUCGCAGCCGGCCUCAUUUCGCCAACCUUACUGGACAUCUGCUCUACCAAGCAGUGAAGAUGCUCACAUGACUAGACUUGACUUUGGAAAGGCUGAGAUUUCGUCCGAAGGGAGAUUUGGUUCGCUUCCAUGCUCGAGUGGUACCAGAAAAUGCUCACAUCUUCCCCACCAGUUCCACCUCAAAGUGAAGCUUGAUUUUUUUUCAUGCCCUUGUGAUGAGUCAGCCCUGUCACGGAACGCCGAACGGGUGGUAAGCCCUGCUCUUCCCCCUCAGACAAUGAGAACUCAUCACCUAUGCCCAGUUCAGCAUUAUGAGUGCCGACCAAUCAUAGCCGCCCCAGUCGCACCAGAGCAGAUUAUUGGACACAUCCGAAUCCACCUACACACCCACAGCCGCAUCGAACGUCCGAAACCAAUCAGAAGCCGAUCUUCACAGCCCGGAAGAUCUCGUGACCAGAUCGAUCUCGCCAACGCCAUCUCUCCACGAGUCGACAACAGCCUCUGCCUCGACCAAUCGCCGCCGCAAAGCCCCGACGAUCAACCAUCUGAUGACCCGGAGAUCCUCUCUCCCCGCUACGUCGUAACCUCUACCGCGUCAAAUCGUUUGACCAAAUCCUCGACAAAAGUACUGACAGCAUGCGUCUUCGUCGCAGCUUUUAUGCUGCUCCAU